UUCACCGUGAGGUGCGGGAGGGCCCCAGCCGCCGCCGCCGCCGCCGGUUCCGGGUCCGCGGGGCAGAAGCCGCGGAGGGCGAUGGCUUCUAUAGGUGCUGGUGCAAAAACAGUGUAGCAAUGGAUCAAAGAAAAAAUGAUAGUUUUGUCCCGAGUAUCACUCAGCUGGAAGACUUCCUGACGGAACAUGACUCCAAUGUGGUUUGGCUGUUAGUAGCAACAAUAUUGUCCUGUGGAUGGAUUAUCUACCUAACUUACUAUAAUUCCCGGAACAUUGGACUCAUUUUAACGUUGGUUCUUAACAGAUUAUAUAAACAUGGCUACAUACAUAUUGGUUCCUUUUCAUUCUCUGUGCUGUCUGGAAAAGUCAUGGUGCGUGAAAUCUAUUUCAUCACAGAGGACAUGUCCAUCAGAAUUCAAGAUGGAUUUAUCAUUUUUCGCUGGUGGAAGAUGUACAACCCUAAGCAGAAGCAGCAUGAUCCAAAGGCAGAAACUCGACUGUAUAUUAUGGUGAACGACUUUGAAUUUCACGUGUACAACCGCUCUGAGCUUUAUGGACAGCUUCAAGAACUGUUUGGCUUGGAUCCCACAAUAAUUCCAGCAAAGAAAGAUGAUGAGAGAGCACAAGUGAAUGGGAGGCAGAGAACACACGCCAAUCUUGAAAGUGUUAAAGUAAAAACAGAAUCUCAAGACCCUUCUUCUUCAUGGAGAUCACUUAUUCCAGUCAUUAAAGUCAACGUGAGCACGGGUCGCUUGGCAUUUGGGAAUCAUUAUCAGCCACAAACACUUUGCAUUAACUUUGAUGAUGCCUUUUUGACAUACACCACAAAACCACCUUCAAGCCACCUUGAUCAGUUCAUGCACAUCGUGAAGGGAAAAUUGGAAAAUGUUCGAGUCAUGCUGGUUCCAAGUCCAAGAUAUGUUGGUCUUCAAAAUGAUGAACCACCGAGGCUGAUGGGGGAAGGUUUUGUUGUAAUGCAGUCCAAUGAUGUUGAUAUCUAUUACUAUAUGGAUGAACCAGGUCUUGUACCUGAGGAGACAGAGGAAAGUAAUGAUGGAGAAGCCAGCAACGAAGACAGCAAAUUACAGGAUCUGCCACCAUGCUGGGGUUUGGACAUCGUGUGUGGAAAAGGGACAGACUUCAACUACGGGCCUUGGGCUGAUAGGCAGAGGGAUUGCUUGUGGAAGUUUUUCUUCCCACCAGACUACCAAGUUAUGAAAGUCUCAGAAAUUGCUCAGCCUGGGAAACCAAGACAGAUCCUUGCUUUUGAACUGCGGAUGAAUAUCAUUGCAGAUGCCACCAUUGAUUUGCUUUUUACCAAGAACAGGGAAACGAAUGCUGUGCAUGUAAACGUUGGUGCAGGAUCCUAUUUGGAAAUUAAUAUUCCCAUGACAGUGAGUGAAAAUGGCUAUUCACCUACAAUUAAAGGGCAGCUCCUCCACGUGGAUGCCACCAGCAGCAUGCAGUACAGGACUCUCUUGGAAGCAGAAAUGCUGGCUUUCCACGUUAAUGCCAGCUAUCCCCGGAUAUGGAACAUGCCACAGACAUGGCAGUGUGAGCUGGAGGUUUAUAAAGCAACCUAUCAUUUCAUCUUUGCUCAGAAGAGCUUCUUUACAGAUUUGAUCCAAGACUGGUCCAGUGACAGCGCACCUGAUAUUUUUUCAUUUGUUCCAUAUAUGUGGAACUUCAAAGUCAUGUUCCAUCAGUUUGAAAUGAUCUGGGCAGCAAAUCAACAUAACUGGAUUGACUGUUCCACCAAGCAACAGGAGAAUGUUUACCUAGCAGCUUGUGGAGAAACCCUGAACAUUGUUUUUUCUCUGCCUUUCACUGACUUUGUUCCAACCACAUGCAAUACUAGAUUCUCCUUAAGGGGAGAAGAUGUUGAUCUUCAUUUGUACCUGCCUGAUUGCCAUCCUAGUAAAUAUUCCAUUUUUAUGCUGGUAAAAGAUUGUCAGCCCAAUAAAAUAAAUCCUGAGUCUUGCAUUUCGGCAGAAUGUCAAAGUGGUCAGAAAACAGGCAAGCCCAAAUGGAGGAACAUUACUCAAGAAGAGGCUGGAUGGGUGGAAUGCUGGACGGUCCCAAGUGUUGUGUUUACAAUUGACUACUCCUGGCACCCAAUUUAUCCUCAGAAGGCAGAUGAGCAGUUAAAGCAGUCAUUAUCAGAAAUGGAAGAAUCAAUGUUGUCUGUGCUCAGGCCGUCGCAGAAAACCACCGACAGUGUGAUUUCAUCUCCCACAGCUUCCACGCGCCUUCCCCUGGACCCCUCGGAGCUGCCCCCAGAUAAGCUCCACGUGGAGCUGGAGCUCUCCCCAGAUUCCCAAAUAACCCUGUAUGGACCCUUGCUCAAAGCCUUUCUCUCCAUAAAGGAAAAUUAUUUUGGGGAGGAUGACAUGUACACUGAUUUUGAAGAGGUUAUUUCGAGCCCUGUUUUGUCCCUGUCGACAUCCUCAAGCUCUGGCUGGACAGCUGUAGGAGUGGAAAAUGACAAAAAAGAAAAUGAAGUUUCAGUCAAGCCCGUUCACCCUCUUACUUUACGCCCGUGGGAUAUCACUGUGCUUGUUAAUUUGUACAAAGUGCAUGGGAGAUUGCCAGUGCAUUGCAGUCCAGAUGGUCCGGAGUGCCCUACAGCUUUCUUGGAGAGGCUGUGUUUCGAGAUGAAGAAAGGAUUUAGAGAAACAAUGCUUCAGCUUGUACUGUCUCCAGUGAAUCUGUUUCUGAACGACAAUUAUCAGCGCCCUGCAGUGGACGAGGUGCUCCGGGAGGGUCACAUCAGCCUGUCGGGCCUGCAGCUCCGUGCCCACGCCAUGUUUUCUGCGGAAGGGCUGCCCCUGGGAAGUGACACGUUGGAAUACGCCUGGCUGAUAGAUGUGCAGGCUGGAAGCCUCACAGCCAAAGUGACAGCGCCACAGCUCGCCUGUCUUCUGGAAUGGGGUCAGACCUUCGUGUUCCAUGUGGUGUGCCGGGAGUUUGAGCUGGAGAGGCCCAAAUCCGUCAUCCUGUGCCAGCACGGCAUCGAUCGCCGCUUUUGUGACCCAAAGACGAACUCUGUGCCUGGGCCGUGCCCGACGUCGGAUGACUUAAAGUACACGAUGACACGCUUAGCCAUGGAUGGAGCAGAUCUGUAUGUGGUAGAACAUGGCUGUGCCACCAAUAUCAAGAUGGGCGCCAUACGCAUUGCAAACUGCAACCUCCACAACCAGUCUGUGGGGGAAGGCGUCAGCGCUGCCAUCCAGGACCUGCAGCUCAGGCAGUACGUCGAGCAAGUGAACAACUGCAGAACUGGCCUCCAGCCAAUACUGAGGAGGGCAUACUGGCUGGAGGCUGGCUCUGUCAACCUGGGCCUCAUCACUGCCGACAUUGCUUUAGCUGCAGAUCAUCCUUCUAAACACGAGGUGCAGAGGCAUUUCUUGGAAACGCACGAUAACCGAACCAAGAGGUUGUGGUUUUUGUGGCCCGAUGAUAAUUUGAGAAAUAAGAGAAGCAAGAACAAGUGUGGCUGUCUCGGUGGUUGUCGCUUCUUCGGUGGCACCUUAACGGGACUGGAUUUUUUCAAACUUGAGGAGCUGACACCUUCAAGCAGCUCUGCUUUCUCAAGCACAAGCGCAGAAUCCGAUAUGUUUUAUGGGCAGUCUUUACUGCAGCCAGGAGAAUGGAUUAUUACUAAGGAGAUUCCUAAAAUUGUAGAUGGUAAAGCAAAUGGUGUCAAAAGAAAAGAUUGGGAUUGCAGAUCUGUGGGGAUAGAAAUGGAAAGGAAAGCACAACACCUGAGCCUCCAAGUGCCACUGCGCUCCCACAGCUCCUCCUCCUCUUCGGAGGAAACGAGCAGCUCCAGUGCUGCCCUGCCCUUGCUCGCAGGGGAGAAGGACAGCCCCUCAUCCACUGCUGAGGAUCACCUGGGACAGAAGGAGUUCCUGCCCUGUGCAAAAAGGGAAGAUGCUCAUGGAAGCGUGGCGCUGGAAGGAGCAGAGGGCCGGUCCGCGUCCCCCGGCCCCCAGGAGAGGCCGCUGGGCCAGUCUCCCAUGAGGUCCCCGCUGAAGAGACAAGCGUCCGUGUGCUCCGCGCGGCUGGGCAGCACCAAGAGCCUGACGGCGGCGUUCUACGGGGACAAGCAGCCCGUGGCCGCGGGAGUGCAGUUCAGCAGCGACGUGUCCCGCAGCGACGAGAACGUCCUGGACUCCCCGAAGCAGAGGAGGAGCUUCGGCUCGUUCCCCUACACGCCGUCGGCGGAUUCCAACUCGUUCCACCAGUACCGCUCCAUGGAUUCCAGCAUGUCCAUGGCAGAUAGCGAGGCUUAUUUUUCAGCUGCGGAAGAGUUUGAGCCGAUAAGCAGCGAUGAAGGUCCGGGAACCUAUCCAGGGAGGAAGAAGAGAAAAAAGCAAGCUCAGAAAACUGAAUACAGUAGGGGGUCUAUUUAUCACAGCGUGGAAGGACCCUUAACAAGCACGAUCCAUAGAGAAAUCAGUCAAGAUAUGAAAACGCUGCCAAUUAAGACUCAUCCUUCCCAGGCUUCAUUUGUCUCAGCUCUGGGAGGGGAUGAUGAGCACGGUGACAACAUGUACGUCCUGGACUCUGAGAAGACUGCGGAACGUGAGCAAAUCACUUCCCAGCAGCCCGUAAUGGCGUGUUACCAAAAUUACCUGACGCAGUUCCAGGUGAUCAACUGGUCGGUAAAGCAUCCGACUAACAAAAGGACUUCCAAAUCCUCCUUGCAUCGCCCUUUAGACCUUGACACGCCAACGAGCGAAGAAAGUUCCUCGUCAUUCGAGCAACUCUCUGUCCCAACUUUUAAGAUUGUUAAACAGGGUCUCACAGCUAAUUCCUUACUGGACAGAGGCAUGCAGCUUACAGGAUCAACAUCCAACACACCUUACACUCCUCUGGAUAAGAAGUCUGCAGAGAAUACAGAUGAUGAAACAAUAACAGAGGAGUGGACGUUGGAUCACCCGGUCUUCCAGACACGGACAACGGCAAUCGUGGAAGUAAAAGGAACUGUCGAUGUAGUUCUCACUCCUCUUGUAGCAGAGGCACUGGAUAGGUACAUCGAGGCCAUGGUGCACUGUGCCAGCUCUCGGCACCCGGCAGCAAUCGUGGAUGACCUGCACUGCAAAGUCCUGAGGGAUGCCGUGCAGAACAGCAAGACCAGCUUCUCAGAAAAUUUGUCUUCGAAGCAAGACAUCAGAGGAACAAAAAUAGACACCACCACAACAGGAACAACAAACCAGGGACCAGCACAGACCAAUCUCUCACUUAAGCAAGAUAAUGUGACAAUUAAAGGUCUUCAGGCCAAUGUUACAGUUCCUAAGGUGAACCUGUGUUUGCUACAAGCAUCUGUGGAUGAAUCCCCAGGGGUUUCUUCCAGCAAAACUGUGACUCACGUUUCCUUAGUAGCUUUGUGUUUUGAUAGAAUUGCUACUCAAGUUCGAAUGAACAGGGGUAUAGUUGAGGAGGCUUCCAACAACGCAGAAACUGGGAGGAAUUCUGUCACAUUUGAGCGUUAUAUCCAAACCAGCAAAAUGCAGCCCCAGUCUUCUGGCUCCCUGAGAUCCAAUUCUGGAGCAGAAAAAGGAAAAGAAAUUGCUGCUAAAUUGAACAUCCAUCGUGUUCAUGGACAGCUUAGAGGUCUUGAUACAACAGAUAUUGGAACUUGUGCAAUAACAGCCAUUCCUUUUGGGAAAUCAAAAGUUCUUUUUAAUUUGGAAGAGUUGGAUGAGUUCACUUUCGUGGAUGAAACGGAUCAACAAGCUGUUCCAGAUGUAGCUCGAAUUGGUCCUAGUCAAGAAAAGUGGGGCUGGAUAAUGUUUGAGUGUGGAAUUGAAAAUUUAACUAUAAAAGGGGGAAGACAGUCUGGGGCAGUGUUGUACAACACAUUUGGAGUCAUGGGUAAAUCAAGAGACACAGAGAGAGGUGGAUUGCUUGCAUCGAACAACUCUUCAGAUUCCCCCACUGGCAGUGGCUACAACACUGAUGUGUCUGAAGAUAACCUCCCUUGUGACAGAAUAAGUCCCUCUUCAGAUAUUAAUGGAAAUUCCGUUUCAGAUGAGCAGGAUGAAGGUGUUGAAUCGGAUGAUCUGAAAAAAGAUAUCCCCUUGAUGCCUCCUCCCCCUGACUCCUGCAGCAUGAAGCUGACAAUCAAAGAAAUUUGGUUUAGCUUUGCGGCUCCCACCAAUGUGCGCUCCCCAGCCCAUAUAUAUUCAAGGCAGCUGAACCUCCUGAGCACUGCAACGCCUGCAGUUGGUGCCUGGCUUGUUCCCAUUGAUCAGGUGAAGUCGUCGUUAAAUAAACUGGAAACAGAAGGAACCCUGCGAAUCUGUGCUGUUAUGGGGUGCAUUAUGACAGAAGCUCUAGAGAAUAAAAGUGUGCACUUCCCUCUGAGAAGCAAGUACAACAGGCUUACCAAAGUAGCUCGUUUCUUGCAAGAAAAUCCUUCUUGUUUACUGUGUAAUAUAUUGCACCAUUACCUUCAUCAAGCAAAUUACUCCAUUAUUGAGGAUGCCACUAUGAGUGAUGGCCUUCCUGCCUUAGUGACCUUAAAGAAAGGUCUGGUUGCCUUAGCAAGGCAGUGGAUGAAGUUCAUUGUGGUCACCCCAGCCUUUAAAGGAGUCAGCUUGCACAGACCAGCCCAGCCAAUGAAACUGCAGCCAAAUGCCUGCCACGAGCAUGAGGAAGGCCUUGGACUGGACAAUGGAGGGGGCCUUCAGAGUGACACCAGUGCUGAUGGAGCAGAGUUUGAAUUUGAUGCAGCUACUGUGAGUGAGCACACGAUGCUCCUGGAAGGAACAGCCAAUCGCCCUCCCCCUGCCAGCGCCUCCUCCGGGCCUGUCACUGGUGCUGAGAUCAUGAGGAAGCUGUCCAAGACUCACACUCACAGUGAUUCUGUGCUGAAAAUAAAGGGCAUCCAUCCAUAUCAUUCCUUGAGUUACACCAGUGGAGAUACAGCUACGGAUUCCCCAGUGCACGUUGGCCGCUCUGGAAUGGGGGUCAGGGAGAGUCCAAGGAAAGAAAGUCUGCUCAGUUACCUCACUGGGAGCUUUCCUAGCCUGCACAACCUUUUGGAAGGGACUCCUCAAAGAAGUUCAACUGCAGUUAAAAGUAGUUCUUUAACAAGAACAGGAAAUCCCGUGGCCACAGACAUGUUGUCUGAGCACCCUUUGCUGUCUGAGCCCUCCUCCGUGAGUUUCUAUAACUGGAUGUCCAACGCUGUGGGCAACAGGGGCAGCGUAGUACAGGAGAGUCCUGCCACCAAGUCUGGGCACAACAGCCUUCCAACAGGUGUGGCACCCAAUCUUCCUACUAUCCCCUCUGCUUCAGACUUCAACACAGUUCUGUCCAGCGACCAGAACACCCUGGAUGGCACCCACUCACAGCACAGCACCAGCCAGGAUGACAUUGCAGGAAUAGAAGAGGGCAACCAGGGCUUUCCUGCUGUCCAGCUGGCAGAUGCACAGGUUGUUUUCAAACCUCUGCUAAGUUACACGGGCAUUCAGUCGCAGGAUGCGAUGCCCCUGUGCUACAGGAUGUACUUUGGAGAGUACCUCUCAUUCUCAGGAACUCUGGACUGCCUCCGAGCAGAUAUUGUUGAUUCAGACACAGCAAAGGAAAGGAAAAGCAAGCGAGCCCGAAGGCAAGGAGCUGUCAAUCUUCCCCCUCUGGAAUUCAAACCGGCUUUGAUGUUAGAGACUUUCAGCAUUAGCGCUGUGGUGAUGGAGAAAUCCAUGUGCACCCCUCACAACUCCACCAAUGCCCUUUCAUUCCACGACCUGAACAAGCGCUAUUACAACACCUUCCACUGCAACUUCACCAUCUCUUGCCAGUCCAUCAGCCAGCACGUGGACAUGGCCCUGGUGCGCCUCAUCCACCAGUUCAGCACCAUGAUCGAUGACAUCAAGGCCACGCAGACGGACAUCAAGCUGAGCAGGUACACGGCUGGCUCGGCCUCCCCGACCCCCACGUUCAAAACGCGCAAGCACCGGGACUUCCGCUCCUCGGAUUUCAGCCGCAGCUCCCGGGGCAGCCUCAACGGAGGCACCAGGGUGAACAACGCCAAGAGCAAGCGCGCGAACAACGACAACAGCAAGAAGGAGUCUCGCAACAAGAAUUCCCUGGGGAGGUCGGAGAGGAGGACUUCCAAAGUGUCCAGGAAAGGCUCCAAAGACGUGGUUGACCACGUGACGAUCCACAUGGACGACUCCGACUCCAUUACUGUGUCGGAACAGAGCGAGCCCUCUGCGGAGUGCUGGCAAAACAUGUAUAAGCUGCUGAACUUCUAUUCGCUCAUUUCUGAUCCGACUGGCAUCUUAGAAAAGUCUUCUGAAACUUUCGGGCCAACAGGUAAAGUGAAAUCGUGA